CUCUCGCCGAGCACCGCGAGCGGACGUGGAAUGGCGGCGCUGAGAGGGGAGUUCAAACCAGAGCCAGGCUCCCUCAGCCCGUCAGCCUGAGCCAGCGGCCCCAGCGGGCCAGCACCGCUCCAUGAAACGCAUGAAGGCCGCCAGGGGCCCCGCGGGAGGCGAGGAGCCGGGGGGGGAGUCCCCGCGGGCGGAGCUGGAGGAUGUGGAGGGUGAGUGCUGUCAGCGGGUUACCUGGGAAACCUCCCCACAGCGGGCCGGGCUGCCGCAAGGCAUCAUGGGAGCCAGCCCUCCCACUAACAUGGAGGACUACCAGUCCCAUGAUCCCUCGCCGGGCUGGGGGUCGCAGAGCCUGCUGGGGAUUGUAGUCCUUGCCGGGCUGCGGGUCGCAGAGCCUGCUGGGGAUUGUAGUCCUUGCCGGGCUGGGGGUCGCAGAGCCUGCUGGGGAUUGUAGUCAUUGCCGGGAUGGGGGUCGCAGAGCCUGCUGGGGAUUGUAGUCAUUGCCGGGCUGGGGGUCGCAGAGCCUGCUGGGGAUUGUAGUCCUUGCCGGGCUGGUGGUCGCAGAGCCUGCUGGGGAUUGUAGUCAUUGCCAGGCUGCGGGUCGCAGAGCCUGCUGGGGAUUGUAGUCCUUGCCAGCUGGGGGGGAGCUGUGUCAGUGAAUGGCCAGACUCCCAGCUGUCAGUGACAGCCCCUCCCCCCCCAGGGCUCCUGCUCUGUGUUUACAUGACGCCAUCAUAACCGAGGGGGGGCACUGCGAAUAGGGCCGGCCUCUGUUACUUUAUAUCUGUUCCCCCCUACCUGUCACUUUAUAUCUGUGCCCCCCUAUCUGUUACUUUAUAUCUGUGCCCCCCUACCUGUCACUUUAUAUCUGUGCCCCCCUAUCUGUUACUUUAUAUCUGUGCCCCCCUACCUGUCACUUUAUAUCUGUGCCCCCUGUUACUUUAUAUCUGUCCUUUAUAUCUGUGCCCCUAUCACAAUCACUUUAUAUCUGUUUCUGUCACUUUAUAUCUGUGCCCCCUAAUAUUUUAUAUCCUGACUUUGUGCUUUAUAUCUAUUGCCCCCUAUCUGUUACUUUAUAUCUGUGCUUCCUGUCACUUUAUAUCUGUGCCCCCUACCUGUUACUUUAUGUCUAUUGCCCCCCACCAUAAUCACUUUAUAUCUGGCCACCCCCCUAUCUAUUUUAUAUCUGUUCCCCCCUACCUGUCCUUUAUAUCCCCUUGCCCCCCUAUCUGUUACUUUAUGUCAUGCCCCCCCUACCUGUCACUUUAUAUCUGUGCUUCCUACCUGUCACUUUAUAUCUGUACUUUAUCUGUUACUUUAUAUCUAGCCUUUUCCUGUCACUUUAUAUCAUUGCCCCCCCUGCAUCUGCUUUAUAUCUGUGCCCCCCUAUCUGUCCUUUAUAUCUGGCUGCUUUGUUACUUUAUAUCUGUGCCCCCCCCCUACCUGUUACUUUAUAUAUCUCUUGCCCCCCCUACCUGUUACUUUAUGUGUACUUCCCUACCUGUUACUUUAUAUCUCUGUGCCCCCCCCCACCUGUUGCUUUAUAUCUUCCCCUACCUGUUACUUUAUAUCUGUGCCCCCACCACCUGUUACUUUAUCUGCCCCCUACCUGUUACUUUAUAUCUGGCUGCCCCCCUACCUGUUACCUUAUAUCUGUGCCCCCCUAUCUGUUACCUUAUAUCUGUGCCCCCCUAUCUGUUACCUUAUAUCUGUGCCCCCCUAUCUGUUACCUUAAAUCUGUGCUCCCCUAUCUGUUACCUUAUAUCUGUGCUCCCCUAUCUGUUACCUUAUAUCUGUGCUCCCCUAUCUGUUACCUUAUAUCUGUGCUCCCCUAUCUGUUACCUUAUAUCUGUGCUCCCCUAUCUGUUACCUUAAAUCUGUGCUCCCCUAUCUGUUACCUUAUAUCUGUGCUCCCCUAUCUGUUACCUUAUAUCUGUGCUCCCCUAUCUGUUACAUUAUAUCUGUGCUCCCCUAUCUGUUACCUUAUAUCUGUGCUUUAUAUAGUAUUAUCAAUUAAAUACUAAAUUAUGGGAGAAAGACCACCCCUCUGUUACUUUAUAUCUAAAUAAUGGGAGAAAGACCGACCGUGUUUUCUUACCCCUGAGAUAAAAGUGUUAUGUUUCUUAUUUAUCAAAGACAGGUGAUUCUUGUCUUCAUGUCUAAAAAAAGAAAAAGCAAAUGUGGUGGAAAGGGGCAUGGUUCAUAUCCUCUGAUAAUGCAAUACUGUAAAAGCAGAAUUAUCCUGAUUUUAAAAAAAACAAACAUAUCUGAUUUUAUAUUUUUAUUUUAGAUUCCUCUGCAAAAGCACUUGUCAGUUUAAAAGGUAAUCUACGAUACAUUUUACUGACCGAUGUUACUUGAUGUGUAUGUAUCAAUGUGGGGGUUGCUCCCAGAUGCAUUAUAUAAAUUUUUACUUAACUUCAUUACUUUUAUGGAGAAGGUACAGUACUCAUGCUGUUUCCUAGUUUAUCAUAUUAGUAAUUGAAGGGUUCAAUGCUUUGCGCAUUAAAGUGCAAUCUGGUCCGUCUAAUUAUGUUUUUGUGGUUUGACACUUUUUUAUGUUAAGGGCUGUAUUUGAGUCUGGUUACUCAAUGCACUUUGUAGCCAAAAUUACCGUAUUUAUCGGCGUAUAACACGCACCUCAUUUUAAGAAGGAAAUUUCAGGGAAAAAACCCUUUAAAUUUCAAAUAAAGAACUUCUUACCCCCUUCUUACUCCCCCCUCCCCCUCUUCUUACUUCCCUCUCCCCUCUUACCCGUUCUUACUCCCCCUCCUCUUCUUCCCCUUUCUUACCCCCUCCCCUUUCUUACCCCCUCCCUCUUUUACCCCCCCUCCCCUCUUCUUACUCCCUCCCUCCUUUUCUCCCCCCCCACUCUCUUUUUACACCCCCACUCUCUUUUAUCCUGAUGAAAGUUCUGUAUUAGAACUGAAACGCUGAUUCUGUGUGGCAGCUGCUGAAUAAAAGCUAAGUUUUCUCACCUUAUACUUUUUGAAGUCCUUGGAGUGCUAUUACCUACUACUUUAUUUUUUAUAUAUAUAUAUAUAUAUAUAUACAGGGAGUGCAGAAUUAUUGGGCAAGUUGUAUUUUUGAGGAUUAAUUUUAUUAUUGAACAACAACCAUGUUCUCAAUGAACCCAAAAAACUCAUUAAUAUCAAAGCUGAAUAUUUUUGGAAGUAGUUUUUAGUUUGUUUUUAGUUAUAGCUAUGUUAGGGGGAUAUCUGUGUGUGCAGGUGACUAUUACUGUGCAUAAUUAUUAGGCAACUUAACAAAAAACAAAUAUAUACCCAUUUCAAUUAUUUAUUAUUACCAGUGAAACCAAUAUAACAUCUCAACAUUCACAAAUAUACAUUUCUGACAUUCAAAAACAAAACAAAACAAAUCAGUGACCAAUAUAGCCACCUUUCUUUGCAAGGACACUCAAAAGCCUGCCAUCCAUGGAUUCUGUCAGUGUUUUGAUCUGUUCACCAUCAACAUUGCGUGCAGCAGCAACCACAGCCUCCCAGACACUGUUCAGAGGUGUACUGUUUUCCCUCCUUGUAAAUCUCACAUUUGAUGAUGGACCACAGGUUCUCAAUGGGGUUCAGAUCAGGUGAACAAGGAGGCCAUGUCAUUAGAUUUUCUUCUUUUAUACCCUUUCUUGCCAGCCACGCUGUGGAGUACUUGGACGCGUGUGAUGGAGCAUUGUCCUGCAUGAAAAUCAUGUUUUUCUUGAAGGAUUCAGACUUCUUCCUGUACCACUGCUUGAAGAAGGUGUCUUCCAGGAACUGGCAGUAGGACUGGGAGUUGAGCUUGACUCCAUCCUCAACCCGAAAAGGCCCCACAAGCUCAUCUUUGAUGAUACCAGCCCAAACCAGUACUCCACCUCCACCUUGCUGGCAUCUGAGUCGGACUGGAGCUCUCUGCCCUUUACCAAUCCAGCCACGGGCCCAUCCAUCUGGCCCAUCAAGACUCACUCUCAUUUCAUCAGCCCAUAAAACCUUAGAAAAAUCAGUCUUGAGAUAUUUCUUGUCCCAGUCUUGACGUUUCAGCUUGUGUGUCUUGUUCAGUGGUGGUCGUCUUUCAGCCUUUCUUACCUUGGCCAUGUCUCUGAGUAUUGCACACCUUGUGCUUUUGGGCACUCCAGUGAUGUUGCAGCUCUGAAAUAUGGCCAAACUGGUGGCAAGUGGCAUCGUGGCAGCUGCACGCUUGACUUUUCUCAGUUCAUGGGCAGUUAUUUUGCGCCUUGGUUUUUCCACACGCUUCUUGCGACCCUGUUGACUAUUUUGAAUGAAACGCUUGAUUGUUCGAUGAUCACGCUUCAGAAGCUUUGCAAUUUUAAGAGUGCUGCAUCCCUCUACAAGAUAUCUCACUAUUUUUGACUUUUCUGAGCCUGUCAAGUCCUUCUUUUGACCCAUUUUGCCAAAGGAAAGGAAGUUGCCUAAUAAUUAUGCACACCUGAUAUAGGGUGUUGAUGUCAUUAGACCACACCCCUUCUCAUUACAGAGAUGCACAUCACCUAAUAUGCUUAAUUGGUAGUAGGCUUUCGAGCCUAUACAGCUUGGAGUAAGACAACAUGCAUAAAGAGGAUGAUGUGGUCAAAAUACUCAUUUGCCUAAUAAUUCUGCACUCCCUGUAUAUGUAUAUGUGUGUGUAUAUAUAUAUAUAUAUAUAUAUAUAUAAUUUAUUUUUUUUUAUUAUUAUUUUUUUUUUAUGAAAAUUGAUUUAUUUAAAAAAAAUAAAAAAUGAGACAAACCCUAUCUUUAAUACAUGACAAGACCCUUAUACAUAUACAUGCACCUUGGGUCGGGGUUUUGCUAGAAAACUUUCUUCUCUAUGAUCUUCACUGCUACACUCCCUGCAGAGAAACAGGGAAGACCCCGGACUGUCAGUUUUCAAACACUGUCCGGCCAAAGGUAAAAAAUCUAAUUCCUUUCAACACUCCACGAAAUGAUUAUAUUAAAAUAUAUAUUUUUGUGGUGACCGUUUUUCUUUUAAUACCCACUUUAAUAAAUAAACCCCAUACUUUUUAAUUGCUGUAGUUUUAUUUUUUAUUUAACACAUGAUCUAGAUGAUGCAAAACUAAUAGAUUAAAAGAAUAGUCACUAUACAACAUUAUUUUUUGGUGCAAAAUAGAUAACACGAGAUUGGGUGGAGUGAGAAGAGUGAGCAACAUGUAAAUGGCAUUGAGUAGAUUGUUUUUUUUUUGGUUUUUUUUUUAUGACAGGAGUCACAUACAUGUUUUGAUUGGUUGUUGUCCCUAAUGCCAACCAGUAACAGAGCUCCAGAAAUCAUUUUACCUGUAAGAUGUUAGUUAUUUCCUGAAUGGCUAGGUCCAUUGGAUAUGCCAAUUUUUAGAAUAUUUGAAAUGUCAAAUAUCAUAUAGUAACCUAAAGCAUUCCCCUCAUCACUUUCCCAAGCUAAUCUGAUGUUAAGAAAUUGUAGUGACUGUUUCUGGUACAUUGUGAAAGUUGUAUAGUCAUAUCGUGGAAAAACAAAGUGAUUUAAUCACUGGGCUGGGAAUUUGGAAGAACUGACAAGGGAAGUACAAUUAUUUUAUGACUGGUAUAGCCGAGCAUGAAAAGCACCUUUUUUGGUCUAAAAUUUGCAAUUUCCUAGUGAGUUCUCAGCAAUUCCCAGUUUGGUGAAAACAAAACGCCAAUUGUUUCCUAUCCUCAUUGGUAAUUGAAAUGUCAAGUUCUACUAAAUACAAACAGUCUUAUAAAUGUCAUUUUUAUUUGUUUUGUUUUUUUUGUUUGUUUGUUUGUUUUUUUUUAAAGAGGGGAGCUUAUCAAAUACUUGGAAUGAAAAAUACAACUCCCCACAGAAAACACCCAACUGGAAGGGAGGCAUCAACCCAGCCACAGAUAUGGUAAGCUAAUGGUAUUUUUUUACAACUUAAAUUAUGUACAUGGCAUUACUAAGCAACCCGUCCCAUAUUGUAUAGUAAGCUCAGUUAUAAUAUAAUCUAUACUAGAGACUAUUGUCAGGAAGGCGUCCUUAAUUGAGCUUCACAGCUUCCUGCUUUUUCUGCCAUUAUUUUGCACGAGACUUUGGCUAAUCCGUUUUCCCUUCAGACAUUGUGGGGAAGAAUAGCAAAAAUCAGACAGAAUAAACAGAAGUCUUCUAGAGUCCAUGGAUCCUGAGAUGUAAGGGAUCUUAUUGCAUAGACUUUGUCCACAAAUGUCAGAGCAGAUGGUUGCACGCUAUUCCUCAUUGGAAGAUGGCUUCCCAAAAACAAUCAACGAGUUUCUGACAUCUGGUGAUAUUUAUGUACAAUUAAUUUCAGAGGACCUAGAUGCCCCUUUUACAAAUGGAACUCCUACAAAACAUACAACAAUUGUUUAAUGCUGACCUAGCAAUAGUUAAGAGAAAGGUGCAUGCUUUUAGUUGAAGGUGCAUGCUUUUAGUUGCAUCCUCUACAGUUGGUCCCUGGCAACCAUCUACAUUUAUCGACACAGAUACAAGCUUCUGAAAUUUGGUUCUCUUCAAGAUGCACAUCGAAACAAAUGGAUUUAAGUGGUCUGGGUGCAGUGCCACUGUCAGUUUAACAGAGAAACUGCGAUAAUUACUAUUCAGGGUUUACUCCACCUCCAGUGGCUGUCUACUAGACAGCCACUAGAGGGACUUCAGGGCCGUUAGGUGACUUUUGGUUGCCAAACUGACACUGGAUAUCAUCACACUAUGCAUUUAUUCUUUACAAUGUCUUUUUAUGCUCAGGUGUUAUAGGGCAAUGACAUGUUUGCGAAAUUAGAACAGUUACACUAAAAAGUUUCUGCAGUGUUUGGUCCAUCUCAGAAGCAGAAGGGGAUAGAAUAGGUCCCUGUGAGAGUGGGGUGAAAAAUGCAGCCCUGGAGAAAAGGAAUUUGUGUGUUGUGUGUGUGUGUGUGUGUGUGUUGGAAGAGAUCAGUAUACAUGUCGUGAGGGAGGGGGCUCUCGGAUCCUUUUUUUUUUCUUCUUCACACCAAUCAUACUGUCCCCAAUUGGUUUAUUCAUUUUUUAAAUUUGGUUUCUACUCAUAGCCAUACAGGAGUUCAAAGCGAAGUCGUCUUUUCUGUGACGAAGAAGAAAAGCUAUUAAAUACCAGAUCCCCUAAAAGAAAUCAAAAAACAUCCACAAUGCCUCAGGUACAGAAUAUUAUAAUGGUUAUUACAAAUUAUGUGACCGUGAUUAAUGCAGUGCCUAUAAAUACAACCAUAUAACAGUUGCCGCAUUGGGGUAUUUAGGCAUGCUUGCUUACACUUUAUAAAAAUACGUAUUUCUUUGAAUGUCUGUUACCUCUUUAUUUGGAAUGGAAACUUGUGAUUAUUCCUUAAUCUAUUGUUUAUGGUAGCAUUUUUGCCCUAAUAUCCAGUAGCAAAUUGUUUGCCUUUUUAAAUAUUUUACCAUGUAGGAUUGUGUGUACAAUAUUUCCUUUUGGGUCCUCUGCUGUUGCUGGGGGCGUUCUGAUACAAAUCAUUGCCAUUGGACUGUACCAUCAGUCUCUCUUAUACUUCAUAAUAAAAGAAGAAAAUAAGUUAUCACUUUGAGCAAUGUCCUAGGACAGCAUUGGAACAGCCUGAUUGGCUACAAAACUUGGGGAAUUGCUUGAAAUACAAAAAGUUCAACUGUGAGCGUUUUUUAAAUUAUUUUAAAUAAAAUAUUUAUACGAUGCAUUAAAGCACAGGUUGAUUCCUGCCUGACCUCUCCUUUUAAGUAAUCUUGCCCUGUUUUGUCAUUUCAGAAAGUUCCUGCUACUAUCAAUACUCCAGUGAAGAAAUCAUCUCAGAAGAUUGGUUACCGAUUACGGAAUUUAUUAAAGCUCCCCAAAGCUCACAAAUGGUGUAUAUACGAGUGGUUUUAUUCAAAUAUAGAUAAGUGAGUACUGUAACUGAAUUUGUUUUGUAUUAGCGUAAUUUCUGUGCUUGUGGAAAUUUUUUUUGAAGGUAAAAUAACGAUUCUACCCCUUGUCAUAUGGAAUCUGUGCAUCAAGAAUAGCCAACACUGUUCUUGUGGUUUAUUGUUUGCUAUAACAAUACAGAGUGGGGUUUAUUUUUGUUCUCAUGUAUGAUUGCAUUAGUCAAGUUAAUUGUCUUCUUUCACAGGCCUUUAUUUGAAGGUGAUAAUGACUUCUGUGUGUGCUUAAAAGAAUCCUUCCCAAAUCUUAAGACCAGGAAACUAACCAGGGUAGAAUGGGGAAAAAUUAGACGGCUUAUGGGAAAACCAAGAAGGUAUGAUUACUAGUUAAAAUAAUUAUAUUAAUAAUUAAAUUGUAUGUUUCAUCUGUGGAAAAUCUGCCAAAAGUCUGUCCUCUUUCACUCAACAAAAUAUUUACUCAGAACCAUAGUUAUGCUGCCAAGAGUAUAGGUGCUCCAUCUCCUUUGCAUUGAGUAAGUUGCUAAUAAACAGGGCACCAUGAUGCACAGAGACUUCCCGUCUAUGCCAACAUCUUAAUGCAGAAUUUGCACUUUUAGUUUUCCAGUAUUGGUUAAAUGUAAUGUAGAGAGAGCUCCGUGGUGAGUUAGACAGUGCUGACAGCCCAGAACUGCUGUCCAGUUUGGAGAAAAUUAAUACUGAUAAUGUGUUUACACUUCACUAUUAUCAGUGCAGCUGAGGGGUUGAUCUGUGGAUGCCCUGAAGCAUCCUUGUUUUUUAUUUGUGAUUUUAUUUUUUUAUUUUUUUAUUUUUUUUAUACAGCUACCAUGAUGGGGGAAAAAAAAAAGGUCUAGCACCCUUUGACCUUGGGCAGCAUUACCUCUGCCUUUAGCAGUAUUAGUUAAGCAGCUCAGAUUGCCCUUGUAUUGCCGAUGAUAACCACUGAAAAUCAUAAGAUUUUAUGUUAUAAGAGAACCUGAAUUAUAUUUUUAUAUUUUGUCUUUUUUAAUUGCCUUGAAACUCGUGGUUGACGGAAAUGAAGUUUAUUAAUCUUUGUGGUUGAGGGACUUAAGUGUUACUGAAGGCAUCUGUCAUGCCCAAGCAUGAGUUGGCAUUUGAUAUGUUAUGAGUUGUUUUGGGAUAAUUAUUGUAGGCUUUGAUCUAACACCAGGCCUAAGCCGUAAAUCUACUAGAUAACCAUCACCAGAGCUGGACAUAGGGCAUUGUGAAAGGUGUUGGUGCAUAUGCUCUGACUUUGGAUUCUUCAAAGGACAACAUAAGUUGAGAAAAUAUGGAGUGGGCAAUAAACUGCCAGGCCAAACCCUCUGAUCCACCCAGGGGUCUGCCCACUUAGAAACAACCAAUUUUAAGGUGUAUAUAUUGAGGAUGUUGGACUAUCCAGUGAGAGAUUUCUUUUUUCAGCAAAUACUUGGAGACCUGUAACAUCAGUAAAGUGUGUACUAGGGCGUUUGUGUAUAUGGAAUUGCAGGGGUUAAUUUAGUGGUUGCUGGUACCAGCAACAGGUAACCAGGGGGUCUGGUUAACCCUUUCAAUUCCACACUGUCUUGGCUGGGCAAAUAGCCCACACGUGUGACAGCAUCUAUCCAGCAUUUUGUUUUUUUUAGUUCAUUCAGUACUACCUCUAUUUUCAUCUCUAGAUGUUCUGCCGCAUUCUUUGACGAGGAGAGAGCCGCCCUGGAGCAGAAACGGCAGAAAAUUCGCCUUCUGCAGCAAAGGAAGGUAGCAGACGUGUCACAGUUCAAGGAUCUUCCUGAUGAAAUCCCCUUGUCACUGGUUAUAGGAACAAAGGUUACAGGUGACCAUUAUUGCAAAAAAUGAAAACCUUGUGGAGUAGUUUUAAAUUCUGAUAUCGACCACACAGAUUGUUUUACUUGACUGUAUUCUUUUCAAAUCUUAGUUAAAUGACCAACCGACUAACAGGGUAAAAUAAUCCUGUGUAAUACCUGAUGUUAUGUGUUCAGAUUAGUAGAAAAUGAAAGGGUCGAGGGGGAAUUCUUUGGUGUGGUAUUUUUAGGGGGGUUGGGGGGGCGGCUUGGGUGUUCUCUUAAUAUAACGUGAAAUAGCGGUCUGUUAAUUCUGCAAUUUCAGUCUACAUAUAUCCUUUCCUUGUAUGGUAUAAAUAUUCUGAUAUCUCAUAAUGAUUGCAGCUUGGUCAAAGUCAGUGCCAACACAUUUUCUUACAGCGCUAAAAUUUUACACCAUUGCAUCAAGAAAAGAAAAUACAUUUUAAAUUGUUGAUGCUGAUUGAGACAAUAAAAUCUUUCUUUACCAAUAGCCUCAAUAAAGGUGUUUUCAUUUAGUUAACACCGUCUUCAAAUCACUUGUGACAUGAAACCAUUUCUUUCAGCUCGUUUACGUGGGCAGCAUGAUGGCUUAUUCACCGGCCAGAUAGAUGCUGUAGAUACACAGAACUCAACCUACAGAGUAACCUUUGAUAGAAAUGGCCUGGGCACUCACACCAUCCCUGACUAUGAAGUUCUUGUAAGUGCUCCAGUCUUAAUACUGCUUUAUACAGUGUAUAACCCCAAUGUUCCUUUAAUUUCCACUUCAACAUUCUUGGUUGUUCCUCAUUAAUCCCUUGUCAUUUAGUUACUUUCUAGCUUGGAGUGGAAUGUAUUUAAAGUCCCUGCAACUGUCGUUCUGGGUGCCUUGUAAUCUUUCAAAGCCAGUGGCUACACCUAGAGGUAGACAUGCUGGCUAGCUGGCAACCAUUCUGCAUCUUGGGUUUCACAGUUAUCUUAUUUACAGAUUUUCUCCUAUCUUCUUUUGUAUCCAACAUGUUAAUCCCAGAGUUAUGAGCCUCAUGAGACUAUGCCGAUAGCGGCCUUUGGACAGAAACAGCGGCCAUCCAGGAUGUUCAUGACUCCUCCCCGGUUACAUUACUCUCCUACCGUCCAGUCACCGAUAAUGGUAAGGGGACCUCACUUUGCAAAACUUUACCCUCCUGUUCCUAAAGAAUUAUCACAGAACAGUAAAUGUAUUCCUUAUAUUUGGCUGUAACCUACUAAUGUAGUCCCUGGCAAUCUAAUAUUCCAUUUCUGAUUUCUUUUCAUACAGGAAACCGAUCCCAUGUUGGGACAGUCACCAUGGAAAAAUAAAAUGUCCAAAGAAGACAAUGAGACCAUAGGUGGAUUUCCUGUUGAGUUUCUUGUCCAGGUGGUAAGUAUGGCAAUUCCAUUAGAUCUUCCUCCUUGUGAGUCCUUAAUCUCAGCUGGAUAUUUAGACAUUUUCCAUUAAAUGAAUGCAGUUAGGAGGGGUAGGAAUCGUGUUACUUUGUGUCAGCUAAAAAAAAGUUCUAUGUUAAAAUCAAAUACCGUAGACCACUGCGUUCAUUGUUUAUUCAUCUUAUUAUAGUCUGUUAAAACUAGUAAUAACCUGAGAAUGCACAGCUUUUUUGUGAAUCAGACAAGCAUGACAAAAUACAAUUGGUAUAACAUCUGCGCUAUGAUAAAUAUGGUUUGGUUAAGAAUCAUGAGCAUCCUUUGGGAUACUGUAGGUAAGACAUCACUGGCCUACAUUGGUGAGCUUUAUUCAGAAUCUAUGUAAGCUAGUAUGAAGGCACACAGUGUAGCCUAAUGUGCCUUCUGUAGCUCGUGUGAGGUUAACAUGCCUGUUCUGAGCCUCCAUACUCUUCUGCUGUGCCCCCUGUUCUCUCACUUUCAACGAGGCGAGUAAGAAUCCGAAAAUGCAAUUACUUGUGUUGGGCUUACAAUUCCCCUUUACUUUUCUAAAUGGCUGUGGUGAGUGAGCUUACACUGUGUACCUGAGACCUGGCCCAUCCCUCUCCACAACUGAGAAUUUGAUAAGUUGGGAGAAGAUAAAGUCUUAUGAAGGCCUCUGUUGUGUCACAAACGGAUACAAAAUAGGGUUUCUCGUUACUCGCCCAUUAGACAUUGGCAUUGGGAUCAAAUGACCUUUCUGCAAGUUUAAUUGUUGUAAAUUUUGUGUAGUACAGUUUGUUCGUUGACAAGGAAGAAGAAAGUCCUAAGUCUUUCCACUCCCAUGGUUAAAAACCUUUGAUUUAAAGUGUACCUAUCAUAGUACACACAACCAAAUAAAUUAAUCCGUACAGUGUUCUCGAAGAAUUGCCACCAAAUGUGCUGCUUCUCAUAAAAAUAUGUUGAAACAUUUGCUCCUUAUCCUCCACUUGUCAAUCAGAUGUUGACAAAUAUCUCUAUAACCGCAGCAUUGUUAUUCUCCCCAGCAAGUGUAUCUCAAACCUACAGGUGGUAUUGGACAGUUUGAUGCUAAUGCAUUGACAGUCAAGCCCCAUGCUGACAUCAAUGAGGAGGUUGCCCUGUUUAUGGAAAUAUCCCCAAGCAGAGCCUUCUGUGUCUGAGGUGGGUGGAUGGAAGGCAGGCCCUGAAGAUGGUUGUUAAAAUAGCAUUAAAGAUAUUUGUCACUGAGAAUGGGUUUGGGUUGAAGGUAAGUACUAGUUUAACAGCUCCUAAAUUAACUCCAUAUACAAUUUCCCAACUAUGAUAAGUGAUAUAUUUACAGCCUUAUGAGUUGUUAUACAUUAAAGUGAACUGAGAACAGGUGAUUUCCAGUGACGUUCAGCAACUCAUUAAAUUGUGUUAUCCAGUUCUUAGAUUCACUUACUGUGGUUUCUUUCUGUGUGUUAUAGACCAGAUUAUCAAAGAUCCUUAUGAUAAAGAAAGAACACAUCAAGCAAUUAAGAGACAUGAAUACAGAAGCAGAGAAACUGGUAAACCUUAGUCUUUCUUGCCCGUCCUAAAUCCUUUUAUCUAGAUUUACAGCUGUACUUAUUAGGGCAAUUUAAUGUCUGGGUACAGCUUAUAAUUUCUGAAGACACAAACAUUAUGCCUUUAUAGCCAGAAGUGACUAUUAAAAGGAGUAUAAUCUACUAUAUGCAUAUUGAGCAUUAACAAACAGUCCAAUGAUUGUAGAUAUUUGUAGUAAUACUUGCACUGCUAUUUUCUAUAUAUUUCACAUUAAAACAGUGAUUGCGAACAUUGGCAAUAUUUACAAAGUGGCGGUAAAUUAUGGGAAAUGGUUUUGCGUUGCCAAGGUUGGCCUUCAGUCAUCCUGAACCAAUGUGCUCUGUAACUGGUGAACGUGGUGUGUCUCACUAAAUGUUCAUAAUGUGAUAUUCACAGUAUGUAGGAAAAUAUAUAUAUAUUUUCGUGACAUCAUUUUUUGUUUUGUUUCUUUAGUACAGUAUAGUGGCAGUAUUUCUGGGGUGUUCUUAUCUAUGCUGGGCAAGUACCCCUAAAAAUAAAGUUGAAAAAAUUACUCAGACUAAAUUAUCAUCCAGCCUAGAUAUGAACGCCACAAUAUAUGCAGAAAAGAUCUGUGUGGUUGCUGGAUUGAUGAAAGAAAAUGGUAAAAUUUAAAGUGUUUUGCACUAUUUAUGCAUGAUUUAUUGCGGAGGGUUGGUUUCAGGCAGUAGUUAUUUUAAAAACAAAAGGCUGAUCUUCACAAAGACAAAUCUCCAUAGUGGUAUUUCAAUUUUGCAUUUUAAACACAACCGUGAAAAUUAUCAGCAUUAUGAUAAAUAUCGCUUUUAUUGUCCUUUCCCUAGAAAUCUUACUCUGCACCUAUUGGUAUUGAGUUUCAGCGAAGAUACGCAACCGUUGUUCUUGACCUAGAACAGCUGAACAAGGAUCUGAAUAAAGUUCUACAUAAGGUCCAGCAGUACUGUUAUGAGGUAAAUAGAAUGACAUUGACAUAGCUUUACAUAUUGGAGGGAUUGGGACUGUGUGGCAAUGUUCAAAUAUGUUAAUACUAAAAGAAUAGUACACAUGCAUUUGUCUUCUGUUUUAUUGUGUAUUCAAUUUAUUAAAAUGCUUUUGUUGCAAGAUCAAUAUGCAAUUAAUUCUAGAUCAACUGAUCUAUUUGGAUUUUGUCAAGGCAUUUGAUACAGUUCCACACAAUAGAUUCGUGUUCAAACUCAAGGAAAUCGGUCUAGAUGAAAAUGCUUGUUCUUGGGUAGAACAUUGGCUUAAAAACAGAGUACAAAGAGUUGUCGUUAAUGGUAAAUUUUCAAGCUGGACAGAGGUGGCAAGUGGUGUCCCUAAGGGGUCUGUUCUGGGACCCCUUCUAUUUAACAUGUUUAUAAAUGAUCUUGAAGACAGCAUUGAAAGUCAUGUUUCAGUGUUUGCAGAUGACACAAAACUUUGUAAAAUAAUACAAUGUGAGCAAGAUAUUACUUUGCUGCAGAUGGAUUUAGAUAGACUGGGGGACUGGGCACUCAAAUGGCAGAUUAAAUUUAAUGUUGAAAAACAAAAGUUAUGCACUUCGGCGUAAAGAAUACACAAGCAUCGUAUACCCUUAAUGGAAACGAAUUAGGGACAACAAAACACGAAAAGCACUUGGGAAUUGUUAUAGACAACAAACUAUGCAACAAUGUGCAAUGUCAGUCAGCAGUGGCCAAGGCCAGUAAGGUAUUGUCAUGCAUGAAAAAGGGCAUUCAUUCUCGGGACGAUAAUAUCAUUUUGCCUCUUUAUAAAUCACUGGUAAGACCCCAUAUUGAAUAUGGUGUGCAAUUUUGGGCACCUGUUCUAAAGAAGGAUAUCAUGGCACUAGGAAAAGUGCAGAGGCGGGCUACAAGGAAUGGAACAUAUCAGCUAAGAAGGAAGGCUAACAAAUUUAAACCUAUUUAGUUUAGAAAAACGUCGCCUGAGAGGGGAUAUGAUAACAUUAUACAAAUAUAUUCGGGGCCAAAAUUGUGCUUCAAACUGUUUUUUUUUGCCUUCUUUUGGAUCAACAGCAAAAAACAAAUGUGAGGAAGGCUGAACUUGAUGGACGCAAGUCUCUUUUCAGCUAUGUAACUAUUUAACUAUGCUAUUAUAUUAGAAUUACAAUAGUUAAACACUGUGGAGGUGGCUUUCCUUUCACUUCACAUUCUACUACACAAGCAGGUAAGAUAGCUCAUGUAUCAGCUGUGUAGACCCUGUUAUACCUUAAUGCUACCAAUAAGUCAAUUCAACUUUUCAUCCUUUUCAGUUUGACAAACUGACUUUGAGUUGAAUAAUCUCAAUAUGUAUGAAUCUGCUGAAUAUUUGUUAAAUAUGACAGUCAUUAGCUAAGACAAAAAGUAUGGAGAGAAAAGAUAAAGUUUCUAAAUAUUUGCCACUUUUAUCUAAUUCUGUUAAUGGUGGUCUUGAUUGUUUCUCUAGCUCGCCCCAGAUCAGGGACUGCAACCAGCCAACAAGCCUACAAGUAUGAGGCAGCGGUGUGAAGAUCAGGCUCAGGAGAUGGUCCGUCAAGCUAAUACCCCAUCCACCGGACAGCCAUGCGUGCAGAAUGAGGGCCUGACCGAUUUAAUUUCUCGGCUUACUGCCAUCCUUUUACAGAUCAAAGUAAGAGGGCAUGGGAGCUAUUCUAAUGCUGAAACCGGCCAUUGUAUUUAUUUUCUUAAAUGACGAACAUGUUGCAGUUUUGGCAUAGAAUCCACCUUUAUGUGGCAGGGACAUUUUUAUCCGGUGUAAAUAAUCCUAGCCAGUGGUGUACAAAAGGUAGACCUGGCUUUAUCUGUUUGAAGGGACACUCAAGCACCAAAAAACCCUUCAGCUUACUAUAGUGGUUUCACUGCUCACUUCUCUGCUAUUUAGAAGUUAAAUCAUUUUGUUUAAGCAGCCUUAGUUACACCUUCUCUUGAUGACACUCACACAGCCUCCCUAACACUCUCUGAAACAGGUUUCAUUUUUAAGCCUCACUUAAAUGGACAAUCCAAAUUAACUUGUAGAGGUUCUCUCAUAGAAAAUUUUUAUUAUUUUUUUGUGACUCUGUACGAUAUCUGUGCACACAAGUAACAUAAUUCAUGGAAACAUAGGAAAUAAGCGAUUUCAAAAGCUAAUAGAAGUCAUGAGACCACAGGAAUAUUCACAUAAAAAAAACUGCAGGCAGUUGUAGUGCUUAUGGUGCAAGAAGUGCCCUGCACGCCCUCCCAAAGUAAGUCAAACCAUUUCUUCUGUAAGGAGAUUCCGUUAGCUCUACUUAUUUAAAAGCCCUGCCGUGCAGUGCCAGCUGACUGACUGUGAGAGUCAAAGCACUCCUGGCACCAUAGUGGCUUGGAGUGUUCAUUUAAUCUAUACCUGCCCCAAGGUAAUCCUAUCAUACUAUUUAACAAUAUUUCUAAAACUCAAGGAAUUUAAAUACAUUUUAAAGGUAAUUUACAUGUUUCCAACAAUUCAUUUACAUUUAAUAGGUUGGUGACUAAUAAUAAAAGAAAUAUAACUAACAAGCUUUUUAAAAUUAUUUUCAUGUUUUCCUAGUGAAAUCUUAGGCCUUUCAAACUUCUUAUAUUGCCUUAUUUAAAUAAAAAAUAAAAAAGGUAUUUUAUUUAAUCAAUGAUCUUCUCAUCUAUUUCUUAGUGUCUGGCCGAAGGAGGGGACCUCAAUUCAUUUGAGUUCAAAUCUUUAACAGACUCUUUAAAUGACAUCAAGAGUUCAAUAAGUCCUUCUAAUAUCAGGUGAGCGUUUUAUAUUCUAAUAUGUGCAGGAAAACAUAGGUAAAAUGUUGCAGCUUACUGACCUCCCUUACUGAAUUUGUCUAAAAAGGUUUGGAUGUGUAUUUUGUGGACCUCUCAUUUUAACCCAGUAUUGUAGAAGCAGCAGUGUUUACAUUACAGGGUGAAAAACACCUCUACUUGUCUUCCAGACAGCCACAUAAAUAGAUGGUUGGUUGUUUUUUAUUUUUAUCUAUUUUAUGUAUUUUUGGCCAUUAUCUCCGUAAUUUAUAUAUGAAAUGUUGGAAAAUUCUCCCUGGAGUGUUCCUUUUAAGUAAAGUCUAUCCAACAACAAAGGAAAAUACCAAGACUGACUUCUCUACUUACAGGGCAAUAUGUUUAUCCCUAAAAAAAGGUAUUCAUUAGUAAUUAGUACAGGUUUUUAUUUCAAAUAAAAGUUUCUAUUAGACUUCGGGUUUGGGUUAGUCUCAAACAAAUAUUAUGAAUAUAUUCAGUCUAUUGAGAACCCUGUAGUUUGGCUCUUCCUGGUGUCUAUUUUAUUAAUUUGUUUUUAUUAAUAUUUAAUAUUUGCUUUGGUUUUUUUUUCCUCCCAUUUAGCUGCUUUCAAAAUAACGUUGAGAUCCACGUAGCGCACAUUCAGAGUGGACUGAGUCAGAUGGGAAACCUCCACGCGUUUGCUGCCAAUAACACAAAUAGAGACUGAAAUGUGAGAGGAUGUUGUACAGCUCUGUUUCCAUGAAGCAAACUUUUAUAGCAACAAUAUCCAUUUGGAGAGAACAAAGAAAAGUUAACUCACUUUUUAUGCUUAUGAAGCAGCAUUAAAACCACAAACUGUUUAAUUUAAUUUGUAUGAAUUAAAAGCAAUUUAUUUUGUUUUACAUUUCCUGAAACCCACAGAACUGCAGCCACAAAUGGCGCCAAUUAAUAAACUCCAGCCAAAAAUUGGGCCUAAACCGAGAACUGCAGCCACGAAAAGGGCUGAUUAAUAAACUUGCAGCCAUGAAUACCACAUUGGUUUCUCCAGCAACAGGGGACAAAAAUAGACCACUACAGAUCUCUUCCGUAACUUGCCAAAUAAGUUCAUCUAACAUCUUCUAUCGGCAGUAUCAGAGUUCUUCUUUGCUUGGAAUGGUAUGAUAUGGAACGAUCAAAUCCGCAAAAUGAAUGAUGAAUUUGCAAACUAUGUAUCUAUAAAUGCUCUGUGGAUUUUGGCUGCUUUGUGUUCUGCAAACUGUAACAUCGAACUUGGCUCUCAAAACAUGGUACUUCUCUUGUGUAAAUGCAUUGGAGUUCUGCGAAGGAAUUUGAUAUAUAACUGGCCUGAAGACUGGACAAGCCAAGCGUUAGAUUGUUUUCAGUUUAGUUUUUUUUUUCUUUAAGCUAUAUUAUGGAUUUCCCUGCCGAGAUCAAACCUGAAAAAAAAGGAAUUCUCCACCAGUCUGUUGCCACACAUGGUGCGUUCUGUUUGAUUGUCAAAGAUCCAUGUAUGUUAGCCAACCAGGCAUUUAGCCCACCACAGCUAAUCGCACAAACCAUCCCUGGAGUGUAUUCUUAGAUGUUGAUCUUGUACAAAUUGUGUAUUGGGUUGUUUAAUAUAGAUGGUAAACUGCUUAAUUAUAAUAAACUGUUUGCCAUUUUUACUAGAAGUAAAGUGACUUUUAGUACUUCGUGUUCUUAUAGCAUAAUUCUGGUGACUAUCAAGUCCUGCAUCUGAGUUGUUAUUAGUAUUAUUUAGUUAUUCAAAUGUUACUACUACUACUUUCUUCCUCCUUUAAAAAUCUAAUUUUAUAUAAAAUUGGUGCAGGAUACCUAGUUAAGUUUUCUUAUUUAGACCCCUUAUAUAGACCCCCAGAAAACCAAAUCUUAUUCUUACUGCUUUUGCCCUUUGCAGCUAUUUUUACAAUCCAUCCCUGUAGUGUAUUGUGAUCCGAGAUGUUCAGUGAGUGACUAAUGGCAGUAUACAUGUGUCACACUGAAACAUGAAAAACAUGAAGGUUUCCUGUUCAGUAAAAAAGUACAAAACACAAUCAUUUUCUCUUCAGACCUGAUUAAUUGCAUCUUAAACCUUUGCUUCUUCUUAAGGAGUGCAUUACUAAACUAUCAGAGACCCGACUUUAUUUUACAUAGGAAAUACUACAGCUAAAGCCAAUAUGGUCAGAAAUACAGAAAAUGGCUUACAUAGGAGGUUAUGUAGGAAACUAAUGGGGUUUAUACAGUUCAUUUAAAAGUAAAAUCUCCAUGUCAACAUGUUCAUGUAUGUUGUUCUGACUUAAAGCACUAGAUGGAGCCAUUUCCCCUCCUAGAUGUGGAUUUGGUCUCUGGCCACUAGAGGGGACUAUGUUUUACACUUUCAUUAUAGUUAGGGGAAUGUUUCAACAAUGUCUUCAGUUUUGUGAAUGAGGCUUGUAAAAGGAAAGCAACACAUCAGAUGUAUCCAAAUGUUGCUAAUUUCUUAUUAGUAUUUCGUUAGAACAGUGCCUAUUUAAAAUUAAUUUCUGGAUAAUAUAGCAUAAUAGAUCUUUCUGUGCUGCCCAGAAAAAUCCCCUCCGUCAUAUUCUCCAUUUCCAAUUCCAGGUUAGAUUGCUUUAUUCAGACCAUAGGGUGUGCAAUUAUUUUGGAUAUUCUUUUAUUUGAUCAAAUUAAUAUUUAUUGAAAAGUCAACCAUCAAGUGUCUUUUCUAUUCAUCAAAGAUGACAUAGUUAAACUACUUUUUAAAAGAACACUCUGAGCGCCAUAACAAUUUAAUCUCAAUUAAGUUAUGGUGCUUGGAGGUCCUGGGUGUGAGGUUUUUAAUGGGCUUUACGACUGGUUCAACCUCAAAACUGUGUCCAGUCUUCCAGCAAUGUCUGAGGCAUCAAUGAGGAAGCCUCAAACUUGGCACUGUCGAUAGGCCGAAAGCAUCAACUAACUCAAUGGAUAGACACCGAGAGCGCCAGAUAAUACGGUCACCUGGAAAACCUGGGUUGCUGCGCUGACAGAUGCCAUCUUAACAACUUUGAGGUUAAACAGUUUGUAAAUGGUUUAACCCCUUAAAGUGACCUCCAGGCACAAUAACCACUUCAAUGCAAGACAGAAACCCUCUCUAUGGGAAAGAUACAACAGCUAUGUCUGUUAUGUCUAUUGUAGACACUUUCCAUAAUUUGAGAUACUCUGGGCAUCAGACGCAAGACAUUUCUGUUUGUACCCUUACCCAUCAGGGAGUGCCACUGUUAAAUGUCUGUCAGAUUUAUCAUAUAUAGGAGGAAUUUAUGGGACAUGUCUAAUCUACUUAAGUUGUAAUAUAAGGGGGGAAGGGAUGAUUGUUUUCUAUCAAGUUUAAUUCCUCAGUUUAAACUUUAUACUUCUAUAUUUUUUUCCUUUGGAAGGGUGGUGUUUUUGCAAUUUGUGCUACAGUAUUCUCUUUAGAAAUGUAUAUUGGCUAUUGAGUUGGCUAACACAUCUCCAUCAGAUCAAAUAAAAGAUGUGUCCUGCACAUUCCAUUGUAUCACACCUAAAAUUGGAGGCAGGGGGAUCUCGAUUAGCAUGAAGUGUGGGUCUAAGGGAAGGGAUGCCUAUUGAGACAUUUCCACCCCCUGCCGGCCUGUAUACAAACUGUCUGCUUGGAAUAAACACUGUGUUGACCAAAUACUAUCCUCUGAGUCACUCUGUGGACAGGGCCAGGAAACACAACAUUUAAAUAAGAACUCAUGCAGAUUAGGGUAUUAUCAGCAAUUAGUUCCUAUUGAUCCUGACCUUGAAGGGCCCUGAGGUCAAAAGAAUUCCAAAAUGAGUAAGACAAUUAAAUAUCCAUAUACAGAUCUUUGCUGCCAUUUACAGAACAAUUAAACUCUUUUUUUUUUAACACAGACAGGGACAUAUUUGCAUAAUUUGUUGCUCUGUGCACAGGAUGUGUGAUGACUCAAUCACUGUCCCUAUUCUUGGUAUCCUUUGAUUCAUGUUGGCUUUUAAUAAGCGACCCUUUGCCUUUAAUAGUUUGUUUUCAGUUGAUUACUCUGGAAUAAUAUCUAUAUACAUUGUGAAAAUAGUAGUAACUACAAUUCUCUCAGGUGUCUCAAAUACAAGGGGCGCACACACAUUCAAGAGGC